GCGAUCCUUCAUUGGAACAAGUCUCUUCUUUUCUUUUCUACUGCCCGUUCUUCUUUUUCCCGAUGAUGAAGGUUAUGCCUUUCCUGCGAACGAACGACAGGCUUUUUCCAAGGGAGCUUGCAUACAAGCUCAACGUUUUCCCGUCGUUAUUAGGGUUAAGAAUUGUAUAUGUUUUCCAUUUUAAUAGCAAAUUAGUGUUUUCCUGCAUUAUACCUUUGUGGUUUUGGUUAUAAUAAUUCACUCGUGUUUUUCUACUGUUAACUUGCCUCAUUGGUUGGUCGAAUCUUGUUACAGUACUAGUUAGCUAUUUAACAUAGAAUUCUAUAUUAAAGGUGUUCAUAUUUGUUUACAUAUUGUACAGGGAAAGGCUACAGUAUCAGAUACUCAUUGUGGUUUUUCUAGUUUCUCUCUUCGAGUUUUUAAUCAGAUUUUCUGUGUUCAUCUUUGAUACUGUCCUUUGCUGAAUUUAUUACUUUUUCAUAAGUUCAAGACUAUUCAAACUGGAAGAUGGCAUUCAUUUGGCAACCAUUACGAAGAGCACUUCUAUGAAUAGGCGACCGCAGCAACUUGAUUAUGAACAUUGGUGCCUGAGACAUCUCAUCUCAUGUCUGAGCAUUGGUUCCUCUUGACGGUUGACAGCACCUUUUCUCACCACUCAAGCAUGCCUUUAGAUUUGGGAAUUUGGUUCUGAAAUGCAGUUGUCUCUUGACACCCUUACCUCACCAUUCAAACACAGAUUUAUCUCACCCUGCAAAUAAAUGCGUAGCUAGAGCAUUGCUUCUUGUCUUCCGUGUCACCACCUCCCCUCUUAUUUUUCAUGCUCCGUCCGAAGCAUUGCAUAGAAUUGUUUCGUCUUCUGCGCAGAGUUCGUGCAUCAUUCGUUCACACCAACCAUUUCAUUUCUAUAGAUUACCGAACUCAAUGUGUAAUUCCGUUGAUCGGAAGAAUUGUCACUGCUGAUCAUUUUUGCCAGUUACACUGUCACUUGAUCGUGACAGGCAUCAUUGCCGACGGUUUUCUGGCCAGCAAGCUCCUUGCUUCACCUGCAUUGCCUGAUUUGCACCAUGCCCACAAAGUUUUCAGGCAAAUUGAGCGUCCCAAUCUCUUCAGUUGGAAUACCAUGAUCAAUGUUGCCCGGUCUGAGCCUACCUGGCCCUUUUCUCUCUAUAGAGAGAUGCGCGUCGCCGGCAUCUCUCCUGACAGCCACACCUUCUUGUUUCUUAUCAGGGCUUGUAUUGCCAGAUCAGAUGGGGAACAAGCUCACUGCAAUGUUGUGAAAAUGGGAUUUGGGUCGAGCGAGUUCGUGGCCUGUGGAAUUAUCGGUUUUUAUGUUGGAUGUGGCAUUGUCGACUGUGCACGCCGAUUGUUUGAUGAAAUUCCUCAACGAGGAAUUGUUAUGUGGACUUCGAUGAUUCGUGGGUAUGUCUGCGAGAACCAGUAUAUGGAGGCUUUGGAACUUUUCUCCGAUAUGGAGACAGCUGGUGUUGUGCCUGAUGCAGUGACGAUGGCGACAAUUCUUCCAGCCUGCUGUCAGCUGAAGGAAUUGAGUGUGGUUAGGAAGCUACAUGGUUCUAUAAGAAAAAGGGGGUUUGAAACAGAUGCUUUUGUUGCCAUUGAAUUGUCGGGUGUGUAUGCUGAUUGCGAAGAUCUGGAAUCUUCUUUCCAAGUUUUUUAUGAGAUGCCACAUAAAGAUGUAGUAGCUUGGAAUUCCAUGAUUCACCAAUGUGUCAAAAGCGGUGCCACAGAUAUGGCCUGUGAUUUGUUCGGUAAGAUGGUGAAGAAGGAUAUUAUAUCAUGGAACACAUUAAUAGCUGGGCUUGCUGGAGCUGGACGACACAAGCAGGCCUUAGCACUGUUUAAUGACAUGGGGUUGUCUGGUGUAAAACCCAACAGUGUAACCAUGCUUCCGGUGCUAUCCUCAUGUGCUGGCCUCGGAGCUCUAGGAAUGGGCAUGUGGGUUCAUUCCUUCAUAGAGAAGAACAGCUUGAAUUUGGAUGGUUUCUUAGACUGCGCUAUCAUUGACAUGUACUCAAAAUGUGGUAGUGUUGACAGAGCUCUGCAGAUUUUCAGUAAGGUUCAUAAAAGGGGUCUGUUAACAUGGACAUCUAUGAUAUGUGGGCUUGCUAUGCACGGUCGCGGACAAGAUGCCUUGCACCUCUUCUCCUGUAUGCAGCAAUUAGAUGUAAAACCAGAUGGAGUUACGUUUCUUGGACUUUUAAGUGCAUGUGCCCAUGCAGGCCUGACCAGUGAAGGUCGUCGACUUUUUUAUAUGAUGGAGAAAAUGUACGAAAUCCGACCAGAAAUUGAACACUAUGGAUGCAUGGUGGACAUCUUUGGUCGGGCAGGGCGACUGACAGAAGCGCAUCAGCUAAUAUCCGAGAUGCCAUUUGAACCAAAUCCAGUGAUAUGGGGGGCUUUGCUCAGUGCAUGUAGAGUUCACAAUAAUGUUGAACUGGGUGAGAUUGCUGCGGAGAGACUGCUGGAGUUGGACCCUACUGAUUGUGGGAUCCAUGUUCUAUUAUCAAAUAUUUAUGCAGAAGCUGCCAAAUGGGAUGGUGUUCGAAGGUUAAGGAAAGAACAGAAAACAAAAGGGAAAAGAAAAGCACCAGGGUGUAGCUCAAUAGAUGUGGAUGGCAUAGUCCAUGAAUUUCUAGCUGGGGAUGAUUCACACUCUCAGCUUGAAGAGAUACAUUCCUUGCUUGAAAUGAUUGAUAAGCAAAUGUGCUUCCCAACAGAUGUCAAUGUUUUAUACCUAAAACUUGCUUGAGUUAUGCAAGUUACUUGAUUCUGAAAGUCAAACCAGCAAAAUUCGUCUAUAUCCCUGUGUUUCGUCAAGGCCCUCACGAGUCACUGCUUGGUGAAAAAGUAACAAUGAAAUUGACGGUGAAUUUCAGUGAGGAAAGGAGAAGUUACUUCCUCUAUGUCAUGAAGAAGAGUUCGAACAGUCAUACAGCAGCACGAGCACCAGCGAUGCCUGUCAUGUUCACCUGCAUGAUCAAAUCCAAAAUCCUUACAACUUAGUUGAGAGAUUCCCAACAUAGUAAUAUUCAGUUGGUCGUUAUGCCUAAUCCGGUAGGAAAUUCAUUUGAAA